AUGUUUCUUUCAGUGCUGAAUACACUCCUCUCCUGUGGACACACUGAAUAUGCUGAGCUGACCUUUGAACCCAACUCAACCACUCUAUAUUCUGGGGAGCACGUUAAUCUCACGUGUCACAUGAGAGAAGCAAAUGUCAGUGAGUGGUUUUAUGAAUUCAAGUGGAACAACAAACCACUGGUUCCCAUCACUUCCACUAACGUGCUCAGGAUUCCAGAGCUAACGCCCGACAGGAACGGGGAUUAUCAGUGCAUCGCUCACCACAACAGCUCAGAAGAGAACAGACGGAGCAACAGGGCCACUCUCUCUGUGUCAGCACACAGACCCAGAGCCACAGUGAGAGCAUCCAGGACGUCCAUCCCAGUGGGCGGCUCUCUGACUCUGACCUGUUCUGUGGAGGAGUCUGCGGGUUGGAGCUACGACUGGUUCACACGUUCCCCAGACGCUGAGGAAACCGCCAUCGCAACAAAUCCUGUGCAAAACUCUCUGAGCAUCUCACAGGGAGGCAGCUACUGGUGCAGGGGAAGAAGGACUCACUCAGGUUUCUUUCUCUCUGUUGGUUUGAUAUUUGUGUUUGAAUGUUCAGUGUCCAACAGAAGCUUUGUCGUGCUGCAACACAACUGGACUCAGAUAUUCAGCGGUGAGACGAUCUCUGUCAGGUGUGAGAUCCAGGGAGGAGGAGACACCCAGUGGGAAUAUGAAUGGAGGACAACAAGCUCCCACCAACCAGUCACUGGUCCAGACACAGCUCCCACACACAGUGAAUACAGGCUGGGCACUGCCUCUGUUUUCCACAGUGGAGAGUACUGGUGUAAGGCCAGAGCGGACUGGUAUUCCUCAACAGAGUGGAGUGAGGCCUUCCAGCUGAGAGUAACACCCGAUAAACCCAGGCCCAGGCUGACUGCCGAUAGCACAACCAUCACAGGAAAGGGAAGCGUAGCACUGAGCUGCUCUGUGGAGAACGCGUCUGAGUGGAGAUACGACUGGUUCAGAAGAACCUCAGCCUCCUCUUCAGCUCAGAUCCUAAGAUAUAAUGAAACAGAUGAUGGAAUCAGCAUCUCAGAGGAAGGCAUCUACAGCUGCAGAGGACGGAGAGGAGACACAACCUUCCUCACAGAGGACAGCAACCGAGUCACAAUAGAGAACAGAGUUUCCCACAAGGCGUCUGUGGCCCUGCAGCCUGACUGGUCUCUGGUCUUCAGCGGUGAGACGAUCACUGUCCGGUGUGAGGUCCCUGCAGAUGUCCUGACUGAGGGGGAGUAUGAAUGGACCAAACCCAACUCAACUAGGGUUCCAACACACAAUGAAUUCAGGAUUGUCAAUGCGUCCUCGUCCGACAGUGGAAGCUACAGGUGUUUGGCUAAAGACAAGAAGAACUUGAAUUCCACGACCGAGUGGAGCGAUGACGUCACAUUAACAGUUUCUGAAAGACCAGCGGCGAACCUGAGUGCUGACCACAGAGCCUUUCCAGUAGGGGGCAGUGUGCUCCUGACCUGCUCCGUGGGCCCAGCAUCACCUGGAUGGAAGUAUUAUUGGUACAGAGGUAAGAAAACCUCGAAGCCCCUGACGGAUGAGGAUUUCAAGUCACAUGGACAAAGUGCUAGUGCCUCACGUGAAGGACUGUACUGGUGCAGAGGAGGAAGAGGAGAUCCAGUUCACUACACCCAGUACAGUAACUCAGUCAGGAUUCAUGGAAUCGUCCACAACAGAGCUGCUGCGACUCUUCAACCCAACUGGCCGAACACAUACAGAGGAGAAGCCGUCACCCUGAGGUGUGAGAUCCAGGGAGGAGACUCUGAGUGGGAGUAUGAAUGGACAGCAACCAGCUCACAUGCACCUCCCAACACAAAGGAGUUCAGGAUCAGUCUGGGGUCAGAUCUGAGCGGCAGCUACUGGUGUCAGGGCCGACUGAAAGGUGCACGGCAGAACUCCACAGGAUGGAGUGCUCCCCUCACGUUGUCUCACGCGGCUGCACCACCACCUGUCGUCACUGUGUCUCCGUCAUGGCUGACUCCUGGAGCCUCCGGGACUCUCAACUGUGGGGGGGGUCCACAUCCCACUGCAGGGUGGAGGUUCUACUGGUACAGAGCUGACCCCAUUAGUUUGCAUCCAGUCCGCAGACGUCGAGAUACAGUUUUUUACGAAAUAAAGGGAAUGUUACCUGGAUUAAUCAGGUGGAGAUUGCACACUCCUGAGUUCAGUUAUGAGCUGCUCCCAGGAAGCGACGGAGGAACUGAACAAAACUCCUUCGUCAUCCAAGGCCUGACGGAGUCAGCAGGUUAUGCAUGUCGAGCUGGAAGAGGAGACCCCGUGUUUUACACUGAGUACAGUGAGACAAAGUGGGUGUGGCCUGUAGAUUCCUAUUCGUCAGUGUCUCUCACAGUGAGUCCGGACUCAGUGCAGCACUUCUUUGGUGACAAGAUCCGUCUGACCUGCGAGGGAAACUCUGAUAAACUGAGAUUGUGGAUGUUUACUGAAUACGGUGUACAAGUGUCAGAAGGGUUCCUUGGUGAGAUGAGCUGGAAGCUGCACCUUUUUGCUCCUCUUGAAGAGUUGGAUGGAACGAGAAGAUGUGAGCUGGAGAACCCAGGCUCCUCCCCUCGGCGAUGCAGGAAGAGAGGCUGGACAGCCUUCUGCCCUCGGAGGGAUUGUAGAAAGAGAUAG